AUGUCGACACCAGUGGACGAUCUCACCACUGAACUAUUCGCAAUCACCCUAAGUGACAAUGAGGCUGAUCCAGAUAGUCAUAGUAAACUCUGGGUUUCUCAAUCAGAAGUUCAGCAGGACAAGGGAAAAAGCUGCUCUCUGGAUUUUACGACCAAUCUGCUGUCUGGACUCACUCUGGAUAAUAUGCAAUAUAUUGCCCAUGCUCUUCAGGCUGCUGAAAUGCGGCGCCAGUCAAAGGCUCAAGUAACAUUGAACUUCGUGGAGUCACAAAUGGCCAGAGCUUGCGCUUGA